GAGGCUCCUGGGUGUCUGAUGGCACAGGACACCAGGCAGCAGGCAGAGAGACUGACUGGCAGCGUGUGGUUUCUCUCCCUGGGUCUCCCAGCACCUGCUGAGUUAUGAGCCACGCCAAGGAUUUGCAGGGAGGAAAAGCUUUUGGGCUGCUGAAGGCCCGGCAGGAGGAAGGCCUAGACCAGAUCAACAAGCAAUUCCUGGAUGAUCCCAAAUACAGCACGGAUGAGGAUUUGCCCUCCAAACUGGAAGCCUUCAAAAGGAAGUACAUGGAAUUUGACCUGAAUGGAAAUGGAGAUAUCGAUAUCAUGUCCCUGAAGAGAAUGCUGGAGAAACUUGGGGCCCCCAAGACUCACCUGGAACUAAAGAAAUUAAUCAGCGAUGUGUCUGGUGGCUCUGGGGAGACAUUCAGCUACCCCGACUUCCUCAGGAUGAUGUUGGGCAAGAGAUCUGCCAUCCUAAAAAUGAUUCUAAUGUAUGAGGAGAAAACAAGAGAACAAGAAAAGGCAACUGGUCCCCCAGCCAAGAAAGCCAUCUCUGAGUUGCCUUGAUUGGGUGGGUGGAGCUGGAAGGGGCUUCUAAUGACCCCAGUGUGGAGACAGAAGACAAAACUGUGAGCCAAAUUAAAGAUUCCUCCCACUCUA